GAUCGAUCAAAGUCAAGAGCACGCGACAUGUCAACCUUCAACUCUACAAGCCCAACAUCACUCCCUGUAGACAAGAGUCAGCAUGUCUAGCAGUGUUGUUAGCACCUUUGUCGGCGCCAUUCAAGCGUCGGCGUCUGUUCUCUUGACCAUCUUCUAUGGUGUUGUCGCGGGGCAGACGAAGCUUCUUAGCGUUGAGACGGGACGGCAGAUCUCAAAGAUCUGCAUCAAGAUGUUUCUCCCUGCGCUUCUGAUCGUGAAUCUUGGUACGCAGAUUGAAGCCUCCAAUGCGCUUCAGUACAUUCUCAUUCUCGGCAAAUUCGUAGGAUGGGCACUCGUCUACAAUCUCGUCUCAAUUGGAAUCGGGUACGCCCUCACCAAGGUUCUCAGUCUCCCGAAAUGGUUCACGCCCGCAAUCACCUUCAACAACACCACGUCUUAUCCUCUCCUCCUGAUCCAAUCCCUCGGUUCAGCUGGUGUUCUCUCCAACUUGGCAAAGUCCGAUGACGAUACCAGCGACGCAAUCAUCGAUCGAGCAAAGUCCUUCUUCCUCGUCUGUUCAGUCAUCUCCAACAUGCUCACCUUUGGUCUCGGCGGAACCCUUCUUGGAGUCAGUGACGAGGAUCCCGUCGACGCUAUGGACGCCGAUCUGAGGGAUCGAGCGGGACAUAACGAUUCACCAGAUGAGAGUGGCUCGGACGAAGAGAACGGAGAGUCCAACGAACGAACAUCUCUCCUUCCUGGACCGCUCCCGCGAUACGCAAAGAAGGCGUCUCGGGGUACUGCGCAAGCUCAACACGCUGUAUGGGACAAGCUGCAUCCUCGCAUUCAGCACGCGCUGGCUCUCACGACUCAAUUCAUCAGCCCGCCAUCUGUCGGCGCCACCAUUGGUGUCAUUCUCGCCUUUACGCCUCCCCUUAAGAAGUCUUUCUUUGCUGACAGCGAGGAUGGCGGUAUCUUCAACGCCUGGUUGACUGUUAGUCUCAAGAACAUUGGAGAACUCUUCGUCACCCUGCAGGUCAUUGUCGUUGGCAUCAAGCUCGCCCACAGUCUUCGUCGCAUGCGUCAGGGACACGACUCGGGUAGCAUCCAUUGGAUCCCCCUCUCGAUCGUUGUCCUCAUUCGCUUCUUUAUCUGGCCCGUACUCAGCAUUUUGUUCAUUCGAAUGCUCAUUACCCAGACCGACGUCCUUGGUCAGGAUCGUGUCCUCUGGUUCACCAUGAUGCUGAUGCCUGCUGGUCCUCCGGCCAUGAAGCUUGUGGCCAUGGCGGAGGUCGACGACGCGGACGAGGAUGACAAGAUGUCAAUCGCUCGAGUGCUGAUGACUUGCUAUGCUGUCUCUCCCUUGUUGUCUCUCGCAGUGGUCGCAAGUCUGAAAGCUUGUACUUGAGUGGCGGCGUCGUGUCAGCGACUUGCUGAAAAACGGGAACCGCUGUCACAGUACCAGGGUUCCCUCCCGAAUCGAAUCACCGGUACCAUUGCGGCGUAGUUGGUGAUCUCUUGAGCUUCGAUCUUGUACACCUGCGGUGGGAGCCUGGCAUCCUUGCGUGGAAGAAUCAUCCACUUCGCCCUUAUUGCCCUCCCCCAAAACACAGAAGCAAGAUCGAUUGAAGGUGUCUUUCUCAUUUUUUUGACCAAGAGGUAUACACUACUGCGUUGUGUAGGACGAAUGAACAGUACCAGGUCAUAGAAGACUAAGAAUACAAAAAGUUACAUUUUCCAUCAG